AUGACUGAGUGGGAAACUGAAAGAAAGGCUCCACCUUUUGUGUGUGAAUUAUUUGGAGGUUUUGGCGGCUCUUCCAAUGCCUCGAAUACACUGUACACAGAAGACAAGUUACCUCAGUAUCCGCCACCGCAGGAAUCAGAUUCCCUUGGUCCGCCUACACCCCCCGAACGUACUCACAGCCAGUUUCGACACUACUAUUCACCCGUUCAACUUGGAGCUUCCCCUUCGCCAUCGUUGCCGUCAUCAACUCACCUUUCUAUCACACGUGCGAUUUUCGAGAAGCCUCUUGACUGUCCUUUGCCUCCGCACGUUCCUCCACACCUCACCGGAAUGGAGAUUUCCCCACCCGCAUCUACAAAGACCUUCCGUGCUGAUUUUACAACUGAGGAGGGUUCGUCUAUCCUCCCCGCCGCUCCAACUGAUUCUAUCAUUUCGGGGGAGUUUGUGCUAAUUCGCCAGAUGAUUGACGAUUCCAACACACCGCGUGUUAAGCAGGACACCAAGAUGAUGGUGCCUGUACCUCUUCACGCCACCGCUAGCCUUGGUCAAGGUCCACUUAUUGGACCUGGAAAGUGCCGCGUUACCACAGAAUCACGGCAACAAGCUUUUCUGGAUGGACAUUUUCGAUUGCGGCGCUCUGCGACCAAUUCGAGAAGAAAAGAGCCGAAAGGAGCAAUGGAUCAGUCACCACCCGAACCACCAAAACGAACGACCUCGUUGCGCAGUGGAAGCACUUCAACCCUCGCAAGUCUGGUUCCUCAGGGACCGCGGCAAUCAAGUUGCAGUCCCAUUCCGGCUGCUUCGUCAUCAGAGGACUCUCAACUGCGAACCGUUCCGCUGUAUGUAGCCAAUCCGCUAGUCGAUUCGUCUAUGGUAGACUCCUACAUCGAACCCUAUCUCGUCUCCUCCUCCCUCCCUCUCUCUUUUCCCUUCACCAAUAAUCUGCCCCUCACACCCAUCCCCGAGUCUUCCGAGUUCUCGCUUCGAUCGUCCUUUGCUAGUACGGCAGCCACUGGACCCGUUGGAAGCUCAAAUGGUAGCAUUCCACGUUCCAUCGCACGUAGAAUUCGCGACGUCUCUCCGGCACAGCCGAUGCCUCUACCACCAAGUUCUCUUCGCUCUUCGCUUGAGAACAACCUUCUUGAUCAGCUAGUAGAGAAUCAGACAAAGGGAGGGUUUACUAGUCCCUCAAGUGUGGGGUCCUCCUCGCUUAAUGAAUUUCUUCGUCUGGAGGAGCAAGAGAGCUUAACAGACGACCUGGAGAAGCAACUGUUGGAGGGACAAGAGGGUGAUCGUUCCUUGGUGGAGUCGGUGGUGGAAGGCAUGCGAAAUGUGGAGGAGGGGGAGGGCGAGUCGACGAGUUUAUCGCGGUCGCUGGGUCCCUCAAUUCUCAUAGGGACGGAUUCUGCAUCGAUGCUGUCUUCGUCAUUUGAAAUGGGGCCUUCGUUUGCAUCUUUGGCGCGUUCUGGAGCUGGUAUGGGUGGCUCGACCUAA